AUGGAUUUGUUCGGGGUGCUGCACUUGGACGAGCUGUCCCAUGGACUGGCAAACUUGAACAUGUUUCCGUACUUUGACAUGGCGCACUAUAUCGUGUCCAUCAUGUCUCUGAGGGAGCAGCCAGGUGCUCUUGAGGUGUCCAAAGUCAGCCCCUUAGCCUGCUGGUUCAGCUCCAUGCUCUUCUGUUUCGGUGGAGCUGUGCUGUCUGCCGUCAUGCUGGCCGAGCCACCUGUUGCACCUUUGUCCAACAGCACCAGUGUUCUGCUCGCUUCCAUCGUCUGGUACCUAGUGUUUUACUGCCCCAUGGACCUGGUGUACUGUUGUGCCGCCCUGCUGCCUCUCAGGCUGGUGCUGUCAGGGAUGAAGGAAGUGACCAGGACGUGGAAGGUGCUCGGAGGGGUCACCCAGGCACAGAGCAAAUACAAGGACGGUCUGCUGGUCAUGAUUGCCAUCGGGUGGGCUAAAGGUGCUGGAGGUGGUCUGAUAAGUAAUUUUGAGCAGUUAGUUCGAGGCGUAUGGAGACCAGAGACUAAUGAGCUCCUCAAGAUGUCUUACCCCACCAAGAUCACCCUGAUAGGCGCGGUGCUGUUUGCUCUGCAGCAGACCCACUACCUGCCUCUCCAGAGGCACCACUUGAUGCUCAUCUACACCGUAUUCAUAGUCGUCAACAAGUCAAGGAUGAUGCUGACAGGCUCCUCUGCCUUACCAUUCGCUAACAUCGAGUCGGCCAUCUACAAGACCCUCUUCACCGGCCACUCCUCUUACGCCGCCCUCACUGACGAGGUAAAGAAAGCGUGUAUCGAUAACUCCGCAACCAACGGGUCGACCUCCACCACCACAACCAAAGAGUCCAGCGAGAAAGGGGCCGCAGGGAAGCACACCCCGGUUUCUCCUGUCAAGGGACAAAGUGGGUCGCUCAAAGCCAAAGAGGAGUCAGAGAACGCAGAGACAACAAACCGCAAGAAGACCAACUAGUCAGCCUCUGCCCCGUAGCGCCUUUUCACCUCUAAGCAGGGUUGUGGAGUCAUUUCUGAUUCAGAUUCGUCACGUCAGGACUGAAACUUUAUGAGUUGUUUUUCUUUUAUCAAAAAAUAUGCUUUUUUUCCCUGCCACCUAAAAACCAUUUUUCUUUUUCAUUUCUGAGAAUGCAAUUUAAAUCUGAGUGCUGAAACAGAAUUUCAAUAAGAGCUGACUCCAACCAACCCUGCACCUUAUUGAGGGAUAAUCACCCCGUCCUUAAAGUACUGUGAUAUUUAUGCUGUUGGAUGUGAACAUCGUACUAUCCUCUUUCUGAUUGCACACUUGCAGUACAAUGUGUAGCUUAAUUUUUAAUAUAUAUUUAUAAUGAGUACAAGCUGUUGAGGAUUUUAUUUCUGGGUUUCGGGAACAGUGCUGUGCACCUGCUGAUCUAUGAAUGUCUAUGUAUCUUUUGCUGCUUCGUGUAAAUGCUAUAUUUCCUACUCUGAAAUGCUUUAAAACAUUUUUUUAAAAGAGAUUAUAUUCUAUGACACUCAGAUAUUUUAUUCUAUUUAUACUGAAUAAUUGCACACUUGAAAAAAUUACAUUUAAAUUUUUUUAUUGUGUCUGUUUUGUUAGUGAAUGCUUUGAACCACACUCAAAAGCAUGAGAAUAAACAGUCAUAAAUGCUCUGUAAAA